UGGGGGCGUGGCCAGUCUUGAGGCGCGCACCCAACGCUCCAGCAUUCUGCCUGGACUCGAGGCCAGAACUGGAUUAUAACAGUCCGUGGCCAGCGGCGUCCGGAGCGGGGUGGCCCAGCUGUGGUCCAGGAGAAGGCAAAGUCUCCCACCAGCCGCAAUGUGGCACCUCGGGGUCCUGCUGCUGCUCCCCUCAACCCUGGUGUCUCCCUCCUUUGCUGCCCCGAUCCAUGAUGCCGACCCACAGGAGAGCACAUCAGGGUUCCUGGGCCUUCAAAGUUUUCUCCAAACCUUCAGUCGACUUUUUCUGAAAGAUGACCUGUUACGGGAUCUGGACAACUUUCUUUCCUCCCCCAUGGACUUCCGGGACCUUCCUAGGAACUUCCACCAGGAAGAGAACCAGGAGCACAGGAUAGGGAACCAUACGCUCUCCAGCUACUUGCAGACAGACAAGAUGACUGACAAGACAGGGGAGGUGCUCAUCUCUAAGAAGGUAGUUGCCUCCAUUGAGCCAGAAGAAAACCUGGAAGGCGACUGGAGGGUGCCCAGAGUGGAGAAGGAGGCCCUGGUGCCCACCAAGGAGGCCACUGACAGCUUGCACCCAGAGCCCCGGCAAAUAGCGUUCUGGAUCAUGAAGCUGCCCAGGCAUAGGGCCCACCAGAAUGUGCAAGACAGCAGCCCCUGGCUCACUGAGAAGCGACACCGCCUGCAGGCCAUCCGGGAUGGGCUGCGUGGAGGUGCCCAUGAGGACAGCCUGGAGGAUGGGGCCCAUGUCCCCAUCGUGCCCCACGCCAGGCUGCCUGUCCGAAAGACCCACUUUCUCUACAUCCUCAGACCAUCCCAGAAGCUCUAGGGUAGGGACCCAGAGUCCUUGCAUGUGCCACACCCAACCCCAGCACCUGAUGGAAAUAAAGAUUUUUCUCAUA